AUGUCGAGCUUGUUGUUGUCAUGGAUGCUGGCUCCUCGGGCUUUUCCUGAGGAACAAAUGCUCCAGCGUCGUGAACAUGAUUCCGCCAAAACCGUUGCAGCCAACUCGGCAAACUCAGCGGCUGGCUCGUGGGUUAUCGAUCCUUUACCCGGGCUGCAACGAGGUGGUCUUAUUGCGGUCGCAAGCUUGGCACUUGUCUCACUGACAGCCACGUUCUCUUUGCUCUCCUUUUUCACUUAUCGUUUCAUAUUUUGGAAGAAGUACUACAAGCGCUACAUUGGAUACAACCAAUAUGUCGUUCUCAUGUACAACUUGGCUUUGGCCGACUUCAUACAAGGAUUGGGAUUCAUCGUUAGUCUACGGUGGAUCAGUCAGAACUCUCUUCACGCAACAGACACAGGGUGCUUCUUGCAGGGGAUUUGGCUUCAGAUCGGUGAUCCUAUGAGCGGAAUGUUCGUGCUUGCCAUCGCCCUGCAUACCUUCAUGCAUGUCAGUCUUGGCCGUCAGAUUAGCCACAAGGUUUUUGUGUCUAUUGUGGUCGGUCUAUGGGUCUUUGGAGUGAUCCUUAUUAUCAUUCCUAUCGCAGUCUACGGCCGAUAUGUCUGGGUGCCUUCCGUGGCAUGGUGCUGGAUGAGUACCCAACACCCCGCUCUUCGUCUCUGGACACAUUAUUUCUGGAUUUUUUCUGCUCAAUUCCUGAACCUGGUCCUUUACGCAGUCAUGUUCGUCCAGCUCCGACGCAAGAUGGCCCAAUCGAAGAUCCUGGGAAAGAGUUACACCGAGAGUCUCCGCCGCCUGAACCGAGUCGUUUCUUACAUGGUUAUGUACCCCAUUGUGUAUAUUGUUUUGACACUGCCACUGUCUGCCGGACGUAUGGCAUCUGUCAGCGGAAAGGGUCCCAGUGUAGCAUACUUCUGUGUUGCAGGUGCUCUGAUGACACUAUCCGGAUUCUGCGACGUGCUUCAAUACACCAUGACCAGGAAGAGCGUUGUAUUGGAUGCAGAGACCAGAUCAAAGAAGCGCGACGAUGGAUACUACGACCUCUCGACUGGACAGAAGAAGUCCAGGAACGGCAACUUAUACUCCCAGAACGAAGACAAAGGCCCCGUUUCCACUGUCUGUGCUGCUAUGCCAGGCACCGACUCCACCGAUCAUAUUGUUCCGAGGGACGUUGAAUUGUCGCCCGCGCCAGACCACGUGUACCAGCACACGACCAUCACAAUAACGCACGAACCUGCAUACGAGCGGCAAUUAUAA